AUGAAGGUGGUGUUCGUGGUCACCUCCAUGUUCGUCAUCCUCUUGGCCACCGUGUCCACGGUCGUGUGCUCCGUACAGGUGUCGAACCCCGCCCUGAGCGUCAUCGCGUUGUACUCCGAGAACGCCGACGUCCUGCUGCACCCGUGCAUGGAGCAGGACUUGAACCUGAAGUCGCUCGUGUUCGUGCCCGUGCUCGGGGGCAUCCACAUGUCGUCGGUGCUGAGCCAGAACGGGUUAGUCCUCCUGGACCUGUGGGUGCGGUCGGAGCCGGGGUUGCUCGUGGCCCUAGUCGAGGGCGACGUCACCCCCAUGUCCGUGGUCGGCAUCGAGUAUGAUCAAGAUCACGAUCACCGCGAUAGAGUGGCAGUCCAGCAUCGUCACCGCCGUCGACGGGGUCUGGAAUACGUGUUCACACCGCACGGCAACAUCAUGUCGGACAUCGAGGAGAUCGACCGCCUGAUCGAUUUCGGGAUCAGCAGCAGCACGACGAGCAGGGGCGGGGACGAUAACGAGGGUGAGGUCGGGAUCGGGAGGUCGAACGUGGUCACGGAGCUGACGGAGGCCAUAGAGCUCGAGAUCGAACGUCUGAAGGCUGACGGGCCCGCGGAGAGGCACAGGAACGUCGCGAGGUUGCCGGACCCGGACGCGUUAAGGCACACUAAGUCACCGGCGUUCGGCCUGCGGAGGACGAACACGGACACGACUAAGGACGAGGACACCGAGUCGUUUAGCACCGUGAGCAGGACCAAGAGUGAGUCCUCGAGCAGGAUUAGAGAUAUGGAGGCGUCCAGCUACAUGAACAGAAGCCCGAACGCGGCUGUGUUCUCGAUAUCGUCGCCGGCAUUGUUUAAGACUAACUCCGCGACGGCGAAUAGGGGCUAUAGCAACAAGAUGACCCUGUGGGGCACCAUAUUCACGUCGCUAAUGGUUGCCUGCAUGACGAAGUACAUCCAGGUCACGGGCGAGAGCGGGCACAUCAUCGACGAGGUGCCCCUGAUGAAGGUCUACAACGCCAUCGUGCCCGAGUUGUACAGCAGGAUCAAGUUCGGGGAGCUACCCGCGGUCCAGAGCCACGAGGCGAAGCUGCUCUCGUAG